CCUCUCUCUUUUUGGCUUUUAUUGUGGAGAUGAAAUGAAAAAAUAAUGCCCUUACCCACCCAGCCAUUCAUCACAAACAACUCAUUUUGAUGAGUCUUUUCUUUGGUUUUUUUGAGGCACCUAAAAAUGGCAGAAAAUCUUGACUGUGCAGACUCAAAUCUUUUGUGUUCUGAGAUCACUAGUGAUUUUGAUUGUAGUUCAGCCACGGUUGAUGAGUUUGGGCUACCCCAGAACAAUCUAAAUCUCAUUCAAGACUCGAACUUUAACUAUAUUAGAUCCGAUUUCUUGAUGGGGGUUUUUCCUUUACUGAAUGAAGAGAGUUUUAGAGAAAUGGUAGAGAAAGAGAGACACUAUAUGCCUAAAGAUGAUUAUUUGGAGAGAUUGCGUAGUGGGGCUCUGGACUUGAGUGUUAGAAAAGAGGCUCUUGAUUGGAUUUUCAAGGCGAGUCAACAUUUCAGAUUUGGACCAUCGAGUGUUUGCCUCUCUAUGAACUACUUCGAUCGGUUCCUAUCAGUUUAUGAACUUCCUAGGGAUAAAAAUUGGACUGUGCAAUUGCUAGCUGUGGCUUGCUUAUCACUGGCAGCUAAAAUCGAGGAGACUGAAGUGCCUCAAUCAGUAGAAUUACAGGUGGGUGAACCCAAGUUUGUGUUUGAGGCUAAAACCAUACAGAGAAUGGAGCUUUUAGUGUUGAGUUCAUUGAAAUGGAGAAUGCAAAGUUUUACUCCAUACUCCUUCAUUGAUUACUAUCUGAGUAAGAUCAAUGAGGAUGAAAAUCCUUCAACAACUUUCUUCUCAAAAUCAUCAGAGCUGAUAUUCAGCACCAUUAAAGGUAUUGACUUCUUACAGUUCAGUCCUUCUGAAAUCUCAGCAGCAGUGGCUAUUUCUGCGUCAGCAGAUAUGCAACCACAAGACAUUGAUGAGGCCAUGUCUAUGUGUUGUUACAUACAUGUAGAAAAGGAAAAGGUGUUGAAGUGUGUUGAACUUAUUGAAGAUUUGUCAUUGAAUGGUGGUAUUGAGACAGAGAUUGUGCCACAGAGCCCAGAUGGGGUGUUGGAUGCAGCAUGCUUGAGCUAUAAGAGUGAUGAAUUAACAGUUGGGUCAUGUGCAAAUUCUUCACCAAAUAUUAUUAUUAUCAGUCCAGAGGUUAAGAGGAGGAGACAAGAUAGAUCAUCUCAUUCCCAAGAGGAUUAAAGUGUCAUGACAUUUAAGUUGGUCUCAAGUCCAAUCAAUUUGGUUUUGGUUGAAUGAGAGUUUUGGUGUGGUUUCUGAAGCUGCUCCAUCCAUUAGUAACUCAACUCACAGGAGAGAGAGAUAGAAAUAGAGAGAGUUUUCAAUAAAUAAAUUAAGGUGAAAAUUAGAUUCAAGAGGGUUUCAAUUUCCAUGCUUACAGCAUGAAAAGAAAGAAUAGUCACCAGCCUUUUAUAGUUACAAUUCUCAACAGCUAUAGGUUUCAGAAGUGGAGCUUCGUUCACCAAUGUGUUUUGCUUAUUAAAAAACCCACAAAAAAAAAAGAAAAAAGA